AUGUCGCACAGAACCUACACGGAGCUGUUCAAAACCGCCGAAGACGGCCUCCACGAGGCCCUCCAGCUGGAACCGGUCCAAGCGGACAGGCGCGACGACCGCCCCCUCCUGGCGACCCUCUACAUCAAGUACAUAACCGCCGCCAACCGCCUCGCCGAGUGCGUCGAUCAAAUGGUCCAGCCGCAGAAGAGGCGGCUCCUGCUGAAGCUGCUCGAAGCCGCCCUGGGCCGGAUCCUCGAGCUGAAAGCCGACCUGGUGGAGGCCGACCUCAACGACUUCACCCACUGCGGCGACGCCUUAGAGAAACUGAGAGCCACCCCUGAGCAGAGGGAACUCGCCGUGCCCGAUUGCUUCAGAAGGCAACGGCAGGAUCAGAUCGAUUACAACAAAAAAGUUAUCGAGGACACGCUGACGAAACUGGGGUACCUGGACGAGGCGCCGAAGAAGCCGCCGGUGAGCGAGCAGCAGGCCAUACUGCUCAUCCAGACGCACGAGCGCGCCCGCCAGGGCCGCGUCCGCCACCAGUUCAUGAAAGAGAUCCGAUCGACGAAGGAGAAGGGCAAGCCGGCGGCGGCGGAGUCGGCCGACGAGCAGGCGCGGCGCGGCGGCGUCAGCCUCGCCGCCGCCAUGCUCAUCCAGAAGAUAUGGCGCGGGUACGUGGCGCGGCGCGCCACCCGCCGGCGCAAGCUGCAGGAGAUGCUGCUCAUCGGGAUGGUGCCGCCGGCGAGGGCGGCCGGCGAGGAGGCGGAGCGCGACCGCGCCAACCGGCGCCGCAGGCGGGAGUUGCAGGCGCAGCGGCGCGCCGAGUACGAGCGAGCCGUGAAGGAGGCGCGCGAGCGCCUGGAGAAGCACCAGCGGGACGCGGUGUUGGAGCAGUUGGGCGAUCAGGCGAGGGCGUGGUUGUUGGAUUACAAGAACUCCACCGGUAAGAUACCGGAGUAUACCGGAGAGGAUCGCAGCGCUUCGAGGACGUUGCCCAGCAGACAAGGUACCGACAGCGAAUUGAGCAAAUCCACGCAAAUCUCCUCCAAAGAAUCCAAAACGAAGAAGGAUAAAGGCAGCAAAGAUGGUAAACAGGAUGCUGCCGAAGAAGAGGACCAAUCCACCAAAGCUAUGGUCUCCACGUUCGUGCCCGAGCUGAAUUUGAGGAAGGAGGAAUACGAUGAAGUGUGGAGGAACAAGGACGAAAGCGGUAAUUUCAGACAGUACCACUACAAGAGCAUGAUCGAGCAAGAGCAAAUGGCCGAUAUGGAGAAACAGCUCAGGAAAAUCGUCGAUGAAAUGAUGAUGGCCGAACUGGAGCUGCUUCAGGAAGCCUUCGAUAAGGAUAGAGGUCACAAAGGCAAGAAGAAAUCGAGCAAAAAGGCGAGGCGAGCGGGCAAGAAGAGCAAAAAGAAGAAAGAGAAAGACCUAACGCCCGACAGGACUACGGAAUCCUUAUUCGAAGAAUUAGUAGCAAAUGGAAUAAUCAAAAAGUACCCCGAGGUGUACAUGUCGGACUUCCUGGGCGACAUUUCCUACCACCCUCCGGCGCCGUUCAACGCGGGCCCCGAUCCGCCCAUGUCGCUCGGCGACGUUCGCCAGCUGCUCGUCGAGUACUGCGUCGUGCCGAUGCUCACCGGCCACCUCCACCAAUCCGCUCCCCACGUCAAGUCCCUCCUGCUGGCCGGCAGCCGGGGCAGCGGCAAGAGCCACCUGCUGCACGCCGUCUGCACGGAAACGGGCGCGGUGCUCUUCGAUCUGACGCCCUCCAACAUCGUGGGCCGGUACCCCGGCAAGUCCGGGCUCAUCAUGCUCGUCCACCUGGUGCUAAAAGUGGCCAGGUUGCUCCAGCCAGCCGUCAUCUACAUGGACAACGCCGAGCGGCCGUUCGUCAAGAAGAUACCCAAAACGGACAAGAGCGAUCCCAAGCGGUUGAAGAAGGAUUUACCGAAAAUUGUCAAAAAUUUCAGCGCGGAGGAUCGAGUGAUGCUGAUAGGCACGACGAGUUGUCCGUGGGACAGCGACCAGAAGCUCCUGCAGCAGGUGUACCAGAAAUUCGUGAUGAUACCGUCGCCGAACUACAGCUCCAGGUACACGGCUUGGAAGUCGCUGCUGGGCCGCUACAUGCCCAACAACUGGGAGUUCGACAUGGGACUGAUGAGCCGCAUCUCCGACGCCUACACCAUAGGUGCCAUUCUGGACUCGAUACGCGAGGUGAUGACGGUGAAGAGGACCCUCCAGCUGCGCAUCCGUUCGCUCAGCCCCUUCGAGCUGGUGAACGCGCUCUGCAAGCGGACGCCCGUCUACAAGGAGGAGGAGGAGUGCUUCGAGCAGUGGUGGACCAAGGUGCCCAUCGUGCGCAGGCGAAUCAAAGCCGUGGAAGCGCUCCUCGAGGAGCAAGCCGAAAUCCAGGCGAAGCAACAGGCCAAGGCCAAGAAGAAAACUUGAAAGAAAAUUAUACACCAGGUCCUACACUCCCAAAUAUUCCCAUUUUUUAAACUCCCCCAGGUCCUUUCUAAGUUUCUCACGUAGAUUAUUCCACAGAUCAUCCAUGAAUUCUUCCCCUAGAUGCUCUCCAAGGUCCUUUCUCAGGUUCUCACACAGAUUCUCCCACAGAU